AUGACAUCCGAAACAACCAGCCCGAUCAUCUCGGUAUUCGAGGGUUUUCGCAAUGAGCUGGACCAACAUCACGACCGACGUGAGCGAAUCAUCAAGGCCAGCCGGGACAUUACCGCGCUGAGUAAGAAGAUGAUCUUUGCUCUCCAGCGUGUCCGCGCCAUCAAUCAACCCCUCCCCCAGAAAAUCGCACAGGAAAACCAAACCCGCCUCGAUCAGAUCAAAGCACUCUUCACCUCCAUCAUCCCUGACGUCACAGGUAUCAAUGCAUGGCGAUACCAGCGCCAGAUCGGCGGCGGAAUCCAAGAGUUUAUCGAAGCGAUCUCAUUCGACCACUACCUACGCACACAAACACUGAUCACCCACGCUGAGGUGCAAGCGCAACUCCCCGCCGAGCUCCUCGUCACCGAAGACGACUACCUGAUGGGUCUGUUUGAUCUGACAGGCGAGAUGAUGCGAUUUGCCGUGACAGCAUUGAGCUCCGGAAAUGUGUCCAAGCCGGACACCGAGACAGAGUCAGCGGACGCGACACCGAAACUUCCCAAUCUCUCUACUACACAGGCUGGCAUUGUCGUUGAUUUACGAGCUAUGCGUGCGGCUUUUGAAGCACUUAGUGUUCCCAAGCGAGCAAAUAUGCUGCGCGAUCUAUUCAAGAAGGUAGAGGUGAUGCAGAGUAGUGUGGAGAAGGUGGAGCGCGCGGCAUAUGGCAUCUUGGUGCGUGGGAGCGAACGGCCAAGUGGAUGGACGCCGGAUUUGUCGGCGCCAGUUGAAAUGGAGAUUCAUUGA